UUCCCUCGAACUAUAAUAUCCCAACCAACUGAUCAUUCCCUACUCUCUCUCUCUCUAGCUCUCCGUCCGACCAUAUAGUCGACACAGCAACUGGCCAUCUUUGAGCUUUCCUUUAAGGUUUGAAAUAUUACCAAAUUUAGGCAAGACAUGGCAUACGAGGAACCCAAAAACGUGGAGGCCAAAUUAAGCCAAGACACGGCGGACGAGGAACCCAAAAACGUGGAGGCCAAAUUAAGCCAAAACACGGCGGACGAGGAACCCAAAAAGGUGGAGGAGGCCCAAUCACCCUCGGAGCCUCCGCCAGCGCCGGCCCCAGAACACGUUGAACAAGUUUCCAAAGAUGUCACCGAGGAAAAAUCUGUAAUUCCACCUCCCCCUGAAGUGAAGCCUGAUGAAUCCAAAGCCCUUGCUGUGGCUGAAAAGGGUCCUGAGCAUGCUGAAGAGAAAAGUACUGAGGGUUCUGUCAACCGAGAUGCUGUGCUUGCAAGAGUUGCAACAGAGAAGAGGAUUUCACUAGUCAGGGCAUGGGAAGAAAGUGAGAAGUCCAAAGCAGAGAACAAGGCCCAUAAAAAGCUGUCUGCCAUUGGAGCGUGGGAGAACUGCAAGAAAGCUUCUAUAGAGGCAGAGUUGAAAAAGAUUGAGGAAAAAUUGGAGAGGCAGAAGGCUGAAUAUGUGGAGAAACUGAAAAACAAAGUAGCUCUGAUCCAUAAGGAAGCAGAAGAAAAGAGGGCACUGAUUGAAGCUAAACGUGGGGAAGAUGUUCUCAAGGCGGAGGAAAUGGCUGCAAAAUACCGUGCCACUGGAACUGGUCCAAAGAAGUUUCUUGGUUUUUUUAAGGGCUAAAAGCCACAGGUCUGCUUGAAAUAUGUUUGAAUUGUUUGUAGUUAUUCUUCGCUUGGAGUUCAUUUGUUAAUUUAUAUUUGUUGUUUGUGUAUAUGGCUGUAGAACGGUCGUUUGCAUUGUUGUUUGUUGCAUUGAGAGCUAUUUUGUGUGUGUAUAUAUAUACAUACAUACAUAUAACAUUUGAAGAAAAGCUAA